AUGAAAAGAGCGGAAAAAUAUACAAGGCAGGAUGAUGCCUUGACAACCAGUAGGUUUGCUAAAAAAGCAACAGACAGAGGGAGAGCUCCAGAGGUAUACAAACAACCUUGGGAUAGAAGGGAGCAAAGGCCACCGCCACCUUGGGUCCCAGAAGCAAUCACACCCCUCAAUGCCUCCAGAGCCGAGGUGCUCGUCGCAGUCCAAGAUAAAGAGCUCCUCCAGUGGCCCAAGCCCAUGAGAGCGGAGGCAAGCCAAAGAGAUCCUGACAAGUAUUGUCAAUAUCACCGAACCCAUGGCCAUGAUACCAAUGAUUGCUACCAGCUGAUCAAUGAAAUCGAAAGGCUAAUAAAAAGAGGACAUCUCCGGAACUUUGUGAAAAAAUCCAAAGGAGAGAGACCUCAACAGAAUCUCGUAGCAGAAAGGCCUCGGAGAUUGGGAGCAAGACAGGUGAAUGAUGGUUCCAGCGGAACCAUUAAUAUUAUUGUUGGAGGAACUGGAGGACGAAUGAGCAAGAGAGGAAAAAAGAGGGGCAUAGAUGAGGAGAGGAGCAGCAGCGACGUUCUACAGGUGGUAGAACACUCCUCUACCACCAUAUCUUUCUCCUCUGAAGAUGCCCAUGGCAUUCAGAUGCCUCACGAUGACGCUCUUGUCAUUGAGGCCAUCAUCCACAAUUUUUGA